AUGCUCUUGCCCUCCAAGAAGGACCUCAAGACCGCCCUGGAGGUCUUUGCUCUUUUCCAGUGGGCCCUCAGCGCCUUGGUUAUCGUAAGCACUGUGAUCCUUGUCAGUCUCUACCUGGUAGUGUUCACACCAUACUGGCCUGUCACUGUGCUGCUCACAUGGCUGGCUUUUGACUGGAAGAUCCCUGAGCGAGGUAGCUGCCGGUUUACCUGCGUAAGGCACUGGUGCCUGUGGAAACAGUACUGUGAUUACUUCCCACUCAAGCUUUUGAAGACUCACGAUCUCUCCCCUAGCCUCAACUACAUCCUCGCCUGCCAUCCUCACGGGCUCAUGUCCCACUCAUGCUUUGGCCACUUUGCCACAGAGAAGUCAGGCUUCUCCAAGAUCUUUCCUGGCAUCACUCCUUAUAUCCUCACACUGGGGGCCUUUUUCUGGGGGCCUUUCCUCAGAGAAUAUGUCAUGUCUACAGGGGCCUGCUCUGUGAGCCAGUCCUCCAUGGACUUCCUGCUUACCCGUAGAGGCACAGGCAACAUGCUGAUCGUGGUGGUCAGUGGCCUGGCUGAGUGCAGAUACAGCCUGCCAGGAUCUGCCACCUUGGUCUUGAAGAACCUCACCGGCUUUGUACGCACGGCCCUUCGGCAUGGGGUGGCUCUAAUCCUUGCCUAUGCCUUUGGGGAGACAGAACUCUACAUAAAGCAGAUUUUCACUCCCAGGGGCUUCGUUAAUCGCUUCCAAAAGUGGUUCCAGAGUAUGGUACACAUCUACCCUUGUGCUUUCUACGGGCAUGGCUUCAGGAACUCCUGGGGCCUUCUGCCCUACGCUCGGCCUGUAACCACCAUUGUUGGGAAGCCUCUACCACUGCCCAAGAUUGAGAACCCGAGCAAGGAGACGGUGGUAAAAUACCAUGUGGUCUAUAUCGAUGCCCUGCACAAACGCCAGCACAAGACCAAGUUUGGCUUUGCAGAGACCCAGGAGCUGGUGCUAACUUGA